CGGAGCGAAUCGUUGGGCAAUUACCUCAGCCCGAUGGUAGGGAGUCGAACUCCUUUAUAAGCCUUGCAUGUAGACGUUCCUCGUACACUUCACUGAACUGGUCUUCUCAAGUCUGCAAUCAUGUUCAAGUUUAUUACUCUAUCUUGCCUGCUGGCAGUCAGUGUUCAGUGCAAGGUCUCACCAAAUACGGCUGUGCCAUACUACCCUCAACCGUACCCGGCAGCAUAUCCAAAUGUUUACCCCCAAUUUUACUCUGCACAACCGAAAUACAGUGUGCAUCCCGCCUAUGUAGCAGCCGCCUCAUACCCGGCAGCGGCGUAUCCAGCCCCUGCAAGCUACCGACAAGUCUUCGUACCAGCUAGUCCUGCCUACAACCCUUAUUAUUACGGAUAUGCUCCUUACCCAGCUCCCUAUGCUCAAGCUCAGCAGUACCCAUAUUCUUACGUUCAAAAUGAUGGAGCCUCUGGAGCCACUGGAGCCUCUGGAUCUGAAGGAUCUGGAAGUCCAGGCGGUUGGGGAGAAUACUUAGCAAGCAUCUGGAGCUACGUUCCGAAUUUCCCUUACGGCACAACCGGAGUUCAACCGUCUCCAGCAGCUGAAGGAGCGACUGCCGGUGCUGAAAAUCAAUCACCCGGAGCCGAAAGUCCGACAAAAGGUGAAAAGCCAGCUGCAGCAGAAGGACCCAAAUCAGGAGAAGUCGCUAGCGACGAACAACCCUCUCAAUCACCGACCAAACAGUUCGCUGCUUAUCCUCUUCCGUACUUCGGUCAACCACAAUUCUACGGACAAGCACCUUAUCAACAAGCAGUGUAUGACCCAGCAAAGUUGAAUGCAGCUAACAAUGGCGCAGUUUCCAGUUUCCUUUUCCCCAAAAAUAUUCAAGCUGUGUUCCAACAUCAACCACAACCGUUUGCUGAUCAAAAAUACUACCAGGCCCCACAGGCCAACCAAGGUACCGCAGCACAAGCUUACCAGAGAUAUUUGCAGUUCCAGAAGCAACACUUACAGGGACAAUACCAACAAGGACAAUUCCAACAGCAACAACAAGAUCAACCAUUCCAACAACAACCGGAACCAUUCCAACAAUAUGACCAACAACCCCAGAAAGACGAAUCAUCUGUGGUCGUAGAUUCGAAUGUGACCGGACUCCAAGUCAAUGCCGAAGGCCAACAGCAACAACAAUCUAAAGUAGCCACAGGUUCGAACUAAUUUGGAGCUAUGACCCGACUGAAUUUAUUUUAUACAAUUUUCCAAUUCAAAUACAAUUUUAUAAUUUUAUUUUAUAUAAUCAAUGUUGUUUGAAAUCAAUAUGAAUAUAAUAGUAACAUAAUGAGCCGAUUUGAUGCACAUAAUACUAUUAUUAUAUAGAAGCUGAGUUAAAAUACGAAUUUAUUGUCAAAUAAUACAUAUUUCGAAAAUAUCCUUGUAUUUUAAAACUACUUUUUUCAAUGUGAAAUACAAAAUUAUUGG